AAAAUAGGUUGGGGUGAGAGAGGCUCGAACUCUCGACCUCAGGAUCACUCAACUUUAGCUAUGAGACCUACGCGCUAACCAACUGCGCCACCACCCCUUUUUGAUUGAGUCAAAUAAUGUAAUGUAUAAUUGCGUAACAAACAAAGGUGAAAAUCAUUUGUAGUUGCUCGUGGUUUAAUUUCAUUUGCAGAAUUCCCCGAUAGGCAAACAACCGCAAAAUCGUUUAAUUCCGGCGAUCUCCGACAGACCAGCAGUGUGAAGGGUCGUGAUUGAUUGUGUGGAAAACUAUAUGACGGAAGCUUUUACAAUUAUUGUCCUUCCCGCUUACAGUUUCAUGCCUGGUUCAGCUUUUUAGCUGCGGAAGAUGUGCAGCAGCGACAACCACAUACCGAUAUGGAACUUGCUGUACGUUGGGUUUCAGCAAGUAUUUAUGCUUGCUUACCUGUGACUCUGUGAGGCUGUAACUAGUUGAAGGUAAUACAUGAUCCUUAACUGACCUAAUACUUUUACUAGGCUGCUAUUUGACAGUAGAUAUGAGGUGAUCGAAUUCAGAAUGAACAUGUGCCAAACAUUCGUUAUCUAUGCAAUCAAAAACCAAAAACCUUCCUGUGACCUGCUAGUCCUACAAAAUAUAGAGUCCUUGAUAUUUUUGCAUGGCCAUUUUGUUUAUUUAUUUAUUAAUUUCUACAAUUUUAUUUGAGGUCUAUUUUGGCUGACUUUUUGACAAAAAGCAUAAAAUACAUCCACUCAAUUCCUAAGACGUCAUGCUCACUUGCUCAGGCAAAGAUUUGGCAUGAUAUUAGUAUGUAUUUAAAUAACACUUUGAUUUUUUUUCCCGAAAGAUUAGCCGUUGUUUUUAGUCCAAUCACUUUAAGAGAUCCCCAACAGAAAAGAAAAACCAUGAUUUCAGAAACAUGGGUAAUUCCACUAUUGACCCUCCUCACCAUAAUCUGGUCCAUCAUCCUCUUCACUAGACACCAAAGCCACCAAGGAAAGCCACCACAGCCACCAGGCCCAAAAGGCCUCCCCAUACUAGGGAACCUCCUUUCACUAGACCCAGAACUCCACACCUAUUUCACCUCCUUGGCUCAAACAUAUGGCCCCAUAUUCUCUCUCCGGCUCGGUACUAAGUUUGGUGUCGUCAUCUCCUCACCGGCUCUAGCCAAGGAGGUGCUUAAAGAUCAUGACGUCAUCUUUGCCAACCGUGACCCUCCCAUUGCUGGGAAAGUGGGCACGUAUGGAGGCCACGACAUUGUGUGGGCCCCCUAUGGCCCCACAUGGAGGCUUCUGCGGAAGGUUUGUGUGAGAGAGAUGCUCAGCACUACCACACUAAACGCCGUGUAUGGAAACCGUCGGCUGGUAAUCCGGCAGACGAUCCAGAGAUUGUCGAAGAAAGCAGGGACAACACCGGUCAAUAUCGGGGAGGAGGCGUUCUUUGUGAUGAUGAGGGUGGUGACAGGUAUGUUGUGGGGAGGGGCUAUGGAGGCUGAGGAAAGAGAAAAUAUUGAGUCAGAGUUUCGUGCGGCAGUGACAGAGUUUACAGGGUUGUUGAGUGAACCAAAUAUAUCGGACUUUUUUCCGGGUUUGGAGUGGUUUGAUUUGCAGGGGGUGGAGAAGAGGAUGAGGAAGUGUGCUAAGUGGUUGGAUGAUAUUUAUGAGAAGAUGAUUGAUCAACGGAUGAGGAUUAUUGGGGAAGGGAGGAAGAGUGAGAAGGAUUUUCUGGAGAUUUUGCUGCAAAUGAAGGAUGACUCUGAGGGCGAGGGUAAUGAUAAGGUGUCAUUUUCCAUGGCCCAUCUUAAAGCUUUGCUCAUGGAUAUGGUGGUGGGAGGAACUGACACUACCUCAAACACAGUCGAACUGGCAAUGGCAGAAAUAAUGAACAAACCCGAGGUGCUGAAAAAGAUACAGCAAGAGCUGGACAUAGUGGUUGGCAAAGAUAACAUAGUGGAGGAGCAUCACAUCUACAAACUACCUUAUCUACAAGCUGUCAUGAAAGAAGCCCUCCGUUUGUACCCUGUAAUCCCGCUGCUAGUCCCUCAUUGCCCAAGUGAGUCAUGCAUUGUUGGAGGCUAUACCAUCCCCAAGGGUUCCCGUGUUUUCUUCAAUGUAUGGGCUAUCCAUCGGGACCCUUCAGUAUGGACCGACCCAUUAAACUUUGAUCCAGAAAGGUUCCUGAAUGAUAAGUUUGACUUCCGUGGAAACGACUUCAGUUUCUUACCUUUUAGCUCAGGCAGAAGGAUUUGUGCUGGAAUAGAAAUGGCUGAGAAGAUGGUGCUGUUUUCACUAGCCUCACUGCUACAUUCCUUUAACUGGAAAUUGCCGGAGGGAGAAGAAUUAAAUAUCCAGGUGAAGUUUGGGAUCGUCUUGAAAAAGAAAGAGCCUCUCUUAGCAAUUCCCGAACGCAGGUUAUCUAGUCCAGCUCUGUAUGAAUAAGUAAGCUCUACGCAUUAUCUUGUUUUUCUGUUGAUUAGUUUAAGAUUCGGGAUAUUCACUACUCAUUAUGUUAAUAUACUCAAUACAAAAUAAGAGUAGCAAUCUGUAAAUGGUUAGCCGUUUGUGAAAGCGAGAAGAAUGGUUGUACAUUUAGUCAUUUACAGUUCAUCAGCAAUCUUAUAAAUUUUAUCGACUUAUAAACUUA